GCGGUGUUUUCCGGCUGCUGGCUGUCGAACCCUGAGUCCCACCUGUGUCCUUACAGCCCUGACACGAAUCCCAGUCAGGUUCUGGAAGGACCUGCUCAGUUUUGCCGGCUGGGUGCGGCUCGGCGGCGGACUCCUGCUUCCUGCUCCAUCCCCGGCUGGGCCUGGGGCGGUGAGUGAUCCAGGGAGGGAGUCUGAGGCGACACCUCACCAGCUGCUGAGGGGCGUGGAGGGGGGCUCGCCUGCCUCCCCGACGUUAUCCACGCCAGGUCCAGGCUCUCGCCCUGUAGGAGCCCCGGGUCUUGCUGAGCUGUGGGAAGAUGCAGUUUUUAUACCACCCUCGGAACUGAUGACCCUCAAUGAUGUGGCUGGGGACUUCAGGGAAGAAUGGGUUACCUGGACACUGCUUAAAGAAUUCUCUUCAGGGAUGCCACCCAGCACAGUUAGAAGAAUGGGCUCUCAAAGGGAUUUCUAGACCAAGUGUAAUCUCCCAGCUGGAGCAGAAAGAAGCACCAUGGGUUCUACCACUCCAAAACUUUGAAACAAUGACAAUCCUAAGGAAAAGUCACACAGACUUGGACCAUCAGGUGGCAAAACUCAGUCAGGACAUUUCUGAAACAACAGAACAAUGUGCAACAUCCUCAGAAAGGACCAAUAAAAAUAUUUCUCAUGUUCCUAAUUGGGGAGGAAACUGGAACAGGGCCCUUGAAGUAGGAGGGCAACAUAGAAUGCUUCUAGGAGAGGGCCAGCAGGAGCCCUUUGCACAGGCCAGGGAUUUAAACAAGUUCCUGUGUGGAUAUGUAGGAAAAAAGCCUAUGUGUGCAGAAUGUGGGAAAAGCUUUAACCAGAGUUCUUAUCUCAUAAGACACCUAAGAACCCAUACUGGUGAGAGACCUUAUAAAUGCAUCGAGUGUGGGAAAGGCUUCAAACAGAGCUCAGACCUCGUCACUCAUCGCAGAACACACACAGGAGAGAAGCCCUACCAAUGCAGCAAGUGUGAGAAAAAAUUCAGCGACAGCUCAACUCUCAUCAAACAUCAGAGAACCCACACAGGGGAGAGACCUUAUGGGUGCCCAGAGUGUGGGAAGACUUUUGGACGGAAGCCACACCUCACAAUGCACCAAAGAACCCACACAGGAGAAAAGCCCUACACAUGCCUCGAAUGUCAUAAAAGCUUUAGUCGAAGCUCAAAUUUCAUCACCCACCAGAGGAUUCACACAGGCGUGAAGCCUUACAGGUGUAACGACUGUGGGGACAGUUUUAGCCAGAGCUCAGAUUUGAUUAAGCACCAAAGAACCCACACAGGAGAACGGCCUUUUAAAUGCCCAGAGUGUAGGAAGGGCUUCAGAGACAGUUCUCAUUUUGUAUCACACAUGAGUACUCACUCAGGAGAAAGGCCUUUCAGUUGUCCCGAGUGCCACAAAAGUUUCAGUCAGAGUUCCCAUCUGGUUACACACCAGAGGACACAUACUGGUGAGAGACCUUUUAAGUGCAACGACUGUGGGAAGGGAUUUGCUGAUAGCUCUGCCCUCAUUAAGCACCAACGAAUCCACACAGGAGAAAGACCCUACAAAUGUGGCGAGUGCGGAAAGAGCUUCAAUCAGAGCUCUCAUUUCACUACCCACCAACGCAUUCACAUAGGAGACAGACCCUACCCCUGUCCCGAAUGUGGCAAGACCUUCAACCAGCGUUCCCAUUUUCUCACGCACCAGAGAACACAUACAGGAGAAAAACCAUUUCACUGUAGUAAAUGUGAUAAGAGCUUUCGGCAGAAAGCUCAUCUCUUAUGCCAUCAAAACACCCAUUUGAUUUAGGAAAUAGUCUUUAGUGGUUCUGCUAUUGCUUUUCAAAUUUCCAUUGCUACUGUCUUCAGAUACCCCAAAUAGAGAAAACCUGGGCAUUGGUGACUCAAAUCAGACGACCCUAAUCUGUUCUCUUUCUUUUCUGUGUUACAAUGAAGAGGAUAAACUUACAGGGUCCAAAUAAUGUUCUGAACACAAAAGACAUUACUUCAGUGUAUGUAACUCACCCUUAGGGAAAUAUGUGUUCAAAUGAUUAAUGUCUGGUUACUAGAGGUGAAAGGAAUGUGGCCUAGAGAUCUCAUGUAAACCAUCUGGUACAGUGCCUGUCACAAAGUAGGUGCUCAAUGAUUAAUAUUUGAGGUCUUGGGCUGUGGGUAUAGUCUGUCUAUGAGGCCUCUGAAUUUGAUCCCCAGCACUGCUAAAAAAACAAAAACAAAAACAAAAACAAAUAUUUUUCGAGUUCUUAUAUAAAGUCCUUAAAAGCAGUGUCUGGGCCUUAAAAGAUAUUCAGUAUAAUAUAUAUAUAAUACAGUCUAUAACUCAAUAAGAAAUUUAUAAUUCAAGCACUCUAGUUCAGAACUUACAAGGUCUGGGGUCUGAUCACCUAAAUUUAAUAAAAUGGAAACUCUCUCUUACUAGUGCUAUGCAGGCUUUAGUCACCAGAUGUCUCAUCACCAUGACAAGGCAGAAUUACCAUAGAGGAUGUUUGUGGUUUUGUGACUUAGAGGCUAAAAGAAUCUCAGAUCUCUUUGUAGGACAGUGUGUGAGAUUUUUCCACUGUAGGUUUGCUGUCAUUUGAGGCAUAGAAAAUGAUGAACAAGCCAGAAGGACCUGGAGGAAGACUGUAAAACUGUGGAAGCAAAAUUGCUGAAAAUGUCAAAUGAUAUUACAGGAAUCCUUCCUGGCAUUUAACUAAAGGAAGCAAUCUUGUUUUCUAA